AUGAUUUCAGAGGUGCUCGGUUUGCUGCUUGGCCAAAUUUCUGUCCUAUCAAUGCGGCGUUUCUUUAAGGCUUUGCCAAAGCCAUGGAUUCAUAAAUAUGUGCAUCCGAUUAUUCUACGAUUCCUUCGAUGUGAUACACCAUCGGCUGAUAUUUUGUACUGUAAUAGGACGCAAUCAGAAUCAACGUAUGUUGCAGUUCCACCUUCAAUAUGUCAACACUUCCAAAGGUUUCAUACGAGAAUGAAAAUUAUCAUUGAUUCGAUCAGCCGAGCGUUACUUAAACUACACAACUAUGAUAAGCAAUUGAUAAGAUUUGAGGAAACACUUAUUGGCUCAGCGAUUGCAUUGAUUAUCAUUUUCGGUAUUCUUCUGACCGUCCUGUUGUGGUUACGACGUUUAUCGCAUACUUUGCCUAAUAGUUCCCCAGAAAAUAAUAAGAGGAAUGAGGAGGAAUAUAAUUGUUGGAAACAAAAGAAAAUUUAUCGAGAAAGAUCGGCAUCAGAAUCAUCCAUUACUGCGAAGUUUGCAUCAAACAUGGCUAAUUUAGGUGAAGAAGCAAAGAAGUCAACCGAAAAAUCACAAAGCAGUUCAAUAGAGCAAAGGGAAUUUAAUGCGGGAACAAACAAAGAGACGGUAUUGAACAUGCGCUCACGACAGCAUCAACAAAGUUGCAAUACCGAACUAUUCAACAGUGUUGGCAAUUAUAACGGUUGUCAAAUCCGAAGGAGAACUUUUAAUGAAGUAAAACGGCAGGAUAUCUCAUCAAGCAAGAAAUGUUGUGAAAAUAUUAAGCUAGCAAAGAAAGAGCAAAUUAAAUCUCGAUUCUUGCAGAGAUACGUUCCAAUUUUCCUGUUCUUCUCCGAUGGAUCACUCGACAAAGACAUUUUUCAUUCGUCGGUGAAACUUCAUCCAAUAAAAACUGCCAAACGAAGGAAGCGCCGUUAUAAAAGGAUUUUUUAA